GCGCGUUGACAGACCGAUGAGACUUUUUCAAACAGACGGUCGCUUCCUUUUCAGCGUCUUUGCUUGGCAUGCUUUGUAAUGUCACCUCGCCCGUUUUAAUUAGCUACUGAAGCGGACUAUUCUGACUAAAGGAAUGCUAUAUUAAGUGCUGUUGCAAAUGUACUUCUGGUGAACUUCUCUCUCUCUCUCUCUCUCUCAACGCGAAUCAUCUCGGCCAGUCUGUCUCCUCGGUUUGAAACCAUGGCUGAGAAACGACGGUCCCCGUGUACUAUGAGCCUCAAAGCGCACGCGUUCUCGGUGGAAGCGCUCAUUGGCACGGAGAAAAAAAGAAAGCUGGAGGAGGACAACGAAAACUGUUUUGAGGAGGUAAACGAGGAGUCAAACCUGACAGACAGUCCGCAACCCCGAGCUGCGGGAACUUGCCCUAGCGCCAGGAGUUGCGAGAUAGACUGUGCAAUCGACGAAUCCCCUGAUUCUGAGGACGUGUUGUUGGAUAGCCCACAGCCUGCAUCCCAGGGCGCGCAGGUACUCGUGCAAUCAGGCACGAGCUCCGGAGAGGAGAUGCGCGUGGACUUGCAGGGUUCAGAUUUAUGGAAGCGAUUCCACGAGAUAGGAACUGAAAUGAUCAUCACCAAAGCCGGCAGACGAAUGUUUCCCGCGAUGCGUGUUAAGAUUGCGGGACUGGAUCCUCAUCAGCAGUAUUAUAUCGCUAUGGAUAUUGUUCCUGUCGACAACAAACGCUACAGGUAUGUCUACCACAGUUCAAAGUGGAUGGUGGCGGGAAACGCCGAUUCUCCAGUCCCGCCACGUGUCUACAUUCACCCUGAUUCGCCUGCUUCCGGUGAGACCUGGAUGCGCCAAGUUAUAAGCUUCGACAAACUCAAACUGACCAAUAACGAACUGGACGACCAAGGCCAUAUCAUUCUGCACUCCAUGCAUAAGUAUCAGCCCCGUGUCCACGUCAUCCAUAAGGAGUGCGGUGAAGAACUCUCGCCCGUUAAGGCGAUUCCCACUGGGGACGGUGUCAAAGCAUUCUCUUUUCCUGAAACUGUCUUCACGACGGUGACUGCAUACCAAAACCAACAGAUAACAAGACUGAAAAUAGACCGGAAUCCAUUUGCAAAAGGGUUCAGAGACUCUGGAAGAAACAGGAUGGGAUUAGAGGCUCUGGUAGAGUCGUAUGCAUUCUGGCGGCCCUCACUGAGAACGCUGACAUUUGAGGAUAUUCCUGGAAUCAAUAAACAAGGUGCAGCAGGCGUGGUCGGGUCCUCAGCACACACACAUCUGCUUUCAUCAUCCUCAUGCUCUUCUCCUACAUUCCACCUGGGUUCUGGGGCUGGGCCAGUGUGUGAUUACUCCACCUGCAGUCGAACAAGCCACCCACUCCAUCGCUAUGCCCCACCCCUUUCAGCAGACUCCUACAGUCGAUUGGCUAGCCCUGCAGCAGAUGCGUUUUCCACUACUCGAAGCUCCACUUACAUAAGCGGGACUGAAACUGAGGCUUUCUCCUGCACACAGACUGGCUUGCCAAUCCAGAUCCACAGCAUGCCAAGCACAACCUCCCAGCUGCAGUACCUAAUGCCCGGCCAUACUCAUAAUGCAUUUUCCACCAAUCAGAGUACACAGGGAUCCUAUAAUGGGUUCCGCCUGCACAGUCCAUAUGGUCUCUACGGUUACAACUUCUCCACUUCUCCUCGAUUGGCCACCAGCCCUGAAAAAGUGGCUGCCACACAAAGUUCAUUCCUUGGCUCCUCCCCUAGUGGGACUCUGACGGACAGACAGGUUCUAUCCACAGUAGAUGGUCUGCACAUGCUCAGUAGUAGUCAACAGAAUCUCUUUGACUCACGGACUUUGGGGCUGACAAGCUCAACCUCGCAGGUACCGGCCCACAUGGCUUGAUUUGUGACCGAAAUACUUUGACGCUCUGCAACAGAGUUCAUAUGCAAAUGGACAAAGCUCUGCUGAGAAUGAUUUCUUUGAACGUAACCCCUCAGAUGGGUAAAUAAACAGUUUUGGGACAAGUCAAUAGCAUAAUUUAUAACCUGUUGGAUAUCAGAAAGAGAGAGAGACAUACUGCCAAGAAAGAGAGAGAAAACUGAGAGAAACCAGCAAUCUCAGUUAUGCCUUUUUAUAAAUGUCUGCUGAAUAACAUUGAGAACAUUGAGGAUAUUUUAAUAGACUUUAUAUCUUAAAAAGUCAUUCUUAUGAAGCAGCAUAAACCACUAUUGGAUACCAGGGUAUGGAAGUGACUGAAGAAUUACACGGGAAACCCAGAAACACUUUAAACACAAACACACUCUCAGUUCCAUGGCACAAAUAGGACAACAGCCACCGGAUCUCAUCAAGGUUCAAUGAGACCCCUGAACUAAACUUCUGGUAGGAGUGUAAGGAGUUUAACAGACGACCGUUUUGAGGCUGUACUACUCAACUCCUUAUGGACAAUAAAACAGAGUUUGGCGCUUAAGAGAGUGCCAGGAGAGGAGAGUGAAAAAAUGAAAAGAAUGUUAAAUAAACAACAUUACACAGGACUAAAAUCAAUUGUUAAAUUCUAAAGUAUUAUUCCAGUUUGGCUGAAAUGACAGAGUGCACUAGAUUUUGUUAGGUGACAAUCAACAGGUAACUACUUAAUUUUUGACCGACCAGCAUCUUUAGCAGUUAAUGUGGUUUCAUCUGAAACUGGAUUAAGGUUGGAAAAAGGAAACGUGGCCUAGUGUUUACAAAUUCUCUCCCAGUUGAAAGUCUUUUUCUGGAUCAGCACUGCUCUAGUGUCUUGGAACAGACAGGGCAGAAGGAAAUCUGAUCCAAGAUGAUAAUUCUCACACUUUAUAAAUACAACCAUUGGCAUUCUUAAGAAGGAUUAUAGUUCUGCCAUGAGAUACAUGCUGAUUCCGGAUCAGCUCUCUCACGUUACAGGAUCCAAGGACUGAAUAGAACACUUUUUUUCUGUUUUCCUACCAGAUAUGUUAGCAUUUGCUAUGCCUGUCUUUUUAAUGUAAUUCUUCACACGUAUAUGAAUAAUAUUGAUACUGUGUAAAUUGCACUUAUGGCAAUUAAAAUUCUUGCUUUUUAAUAGUUGUGCAAGAGUUGCAACAACAGACACUUCCUCCACUUUUGACUCUUGUUGGCUUGGGAAUUUUGAGCCAAAUAAAAUAUAUCAUUAUGGUAAAGGAUAAUAGAGGGUUUUUUUGGGCUUAUUGCUCUUGUGUUUGUGCAUGCGUUUCAGCAUCAGGGGCUUGGAUGAGUUCUCUUGGGGUCAGAGAAAGGUUCUGAAUGCCUAACAAAUGAAAAAUACCACCAGGGGGUAGAGGUGUAAAUACACACACACACACACACACACACCCACACACACAAACACACGCACACUAACAGUAUGUAUUUAUGCAUACAAAGGCAUAACGUUUCAUUAAAUUAGUGUUUAGUGGACAAAAUACAGUACUAAAAGCAUUUGUCCCCAGUAUAUCAACCAUGUCAGCAAUAUAUUACUGUUUAUCUGAAAACAGUAAAUGAGUGUGAAAUUACACAGACCGUCUUCAUGUACUCAUAAUGUGGUUAGGUUUCAGCUGAGUGUGUGUGCAUCAAUCUUGAGGUUGUGCAAGACCCUCUGAACACUACCAACUUUUAACACUUAGUCUAUUGCAAUUAUUAAACAAUUACUAUUGGUAGAAUUGGUAGAUUACAGCAUGCUUUCAGGACUAAGGCCAGUCUUCAGAACCAGAACCAGUGAGACACCUGUUAUGGACUAUAGGUGACAGACAAACAACAUAUGCAAUGAGAGAGAGAAGGUUGUUGGGUACUUUUAUUUUAGAACAGAGGAAUGGUUGGCUUGCUGUAUCUGACUAACAGGUGACAGCCCCCUGUUGCUGGCAAACCACACAUACACAAACCCAUAUGCUUAUACACACACACUCACACACACACAUCACACAUUACUGGCUGAUUAUCAGUAAAUCUGAUGAUAUUAACACUCUGAGGCCAGCAAUGGCAGUGGGAACAGAUAUCAAGUGUGUGUGUGUUUGUGUUCAUAUAUGGUUCAACAGGGCUAAAGGCACAAUGAAAUCAUUAAAAUAAAGCAAAAAGCAAUGAGAGGCCAUGGAUCACAGUGAUUAUGCACAACAGAAAGCAAAGUUGGACACAUUGUGGAGUAAUAAAGAUAGAAAUUGCUUUCAUAAAUUGGAAACAACAGCAAUAUGAUAAACAGUUACAUUUAUUGUUAAUAAUAAGAAAAAGCAAUUUUUCCACCAAGUAAUUUAAUUCAUUAAUCUAAUUGUAGGAGUGUACAGUUAGUCAAACAACAGGGCAUAAUACUGAUUUCCACUAACAUAAUUUUGACAAGUCCCUUGUUCAUAAUAAAAAAAAAAAAACGUCAAAAUACACAC